AUGGGAGCCAAUGUAAGACUGAAUAAAGAGCGAGAAGAAAAGAGAAAGGAGAAAGCAGAGGCUCGUCUCUACACGAUCAUCAAGGUAGCUCGUGAUGAAGACCUCGGUGAACAAAUUGGGAAGGAGAUUUAUUUUGAUCUUGUGAAUCAUGAUAAAGUGUGUACAUUUCGUAUUAAGAAAGAUAUACCAUUUACUCAAUUCAAGGAGGAAGUUGCUAAGGCAUUUGGUAUACCGGUGCAAUUUCAACGUUACUGGCUAUGGUAUAAACGCAAUAACCACACAUAUCGGCCUUAUCGUGCAUUGACAGCCCAAGAGGAAAUUCACUCUGUUGGCCAAUUGAGAGGAAGUUCAAAUGAAGUGAACAAUGCUGAGCUAAAACUGUUUCUGGAAGUAGAAUUAUGUCUGGAAAUAAAAUUUGAACCUAGUGUGUGUUGUGAAAAAAUUGACAGCAUGCUGAGUUUUUGCGACUAUCAGCUGGAAGAUGGGGAUAUAAUUUGCUUUCAGAAAUCCCUUCGAAAUCAAUGCAGAAAACAGUAUCGCUUUCCUGAGGUUCCUUUGUUUUUGAAGUACGUGUACAAUUGCAAGUUUAAAGUGAGGAUAGGGCAUGAUGAAACAGAACAAAAAGCAGAAGCUUGUCUCUACACAAUGAUCAAGGUAGCUCGUGAUGAAAACCUUGGUGAACAAAUCGGAAAGGAAAUUUAUUUUGAUCUUGUGAAUCAUGAUAAAGUACGUACUUUCCGUAUGCAGAAACAGAUGCCAUUUACUAAAUUCAAGGAGGAAGUUGCCAAGGCAUUUGGUAUACCGGUGCAAUUUCAACGUUACUGGCUAUGGAAAAAACGCGAGAACCACACAUAUCGUCCUGAUCGUGCAUUGACAUCUCAAGAGGAAAUUCAAUAUUCCGUUGGCCAACUAAGAGAAAAUUCAAAUACGGUGAAUAAUACUGAGCUAAAACUGUUUCUGGAAGUAAUAUUAUGCCCGGAAAUAAGAUUUGAACCCAAUGUGAUGUGUUUACAGCUUAACAAUAUGCUGCUGAGUCUUCGUGACUGCCAUCUAGACAAUGGGGAUAUCAUUUGCUUUCAGAAAUCCCUUCGAAAUAAAUGCAGUAAACAAUAUCGCUUUCCUAACGUUCCUUCAUUUUUGAAGUACGUGCACAAUCGCCAGCUAAAAGGGCAUGAAAAGCUUGUUCCUAGAUCUCAUUUUCCUAGUAACAGACCUCGGCUGCAGGUCGAAGCGGAGACAGUAAGUAUGGACGUGGAUGCAGUGGCAGUCGACAGUCCAGUAUCAGCCCGGUUUACAUGGACUGUCCACAAUUUCUCAAAGUUGAAUAGGAAGAACUCGUACUCUGAUGCUUUUAAUGUAGGAAGAUAUCAAUGGAGGAUACUGAUAGUCCCAAAAGGGAACAAUGGAGACCAUUUAUCACUUUAUUUAACAGUGGUAAAUACUGCAGCAUUGCCUUAUGGUUGGAUUAGAUACACUCAAUUUAGCUUAGCUGUUCUCAAUCAAAUUGAUGACAAUUUCACAGUGAGAAAAGAUACUCAGCUCCAGUUUACUGCAAGAAUGCGCGAGUGGGGUUUCAUAUCAUUCAUGCCUCUUACUGAACUAUAUGAUCCUGGAAGAGGUUAUCUUGUUGAUGAUAAAGUCAUACUUGAAGCUUAUGUUACCCUGCCUAAAAGUAAGUCAUUGAUUAUCUAUUCAUCACCAAUGUAG